AAUCCUCCUUUUAUAACUGCUUCAAUGUUAAUGAAUCCUGAAAUUGCAACUCAAGAAUUAAAAGAAUCCUUGACACGUUUAGAAAAAUCCAAUUUAAAUUCUAUUCAAAGUUCAUCAAAAGAGUCAUCAAACAAUGUAGCAAAGCCACAAAAUACAGCAAAGAACACAAGAUUAUGGUAUAGUCAAUUUGAAGAGUUUGUUAAUGAUACACAACCUGCUAUUGAUUUGUUAACAUUAUUUGACAAAAGGGCUAUUGCUGCAUUAUUGUGUGAAUUUAUUGUUGUGGUAAAGACAAGAGAUAAAAAGGAAUAUAAAGCUAGAUCAUUGUAUAAUGGAAUUUGUGCCAUCAACAG